AUCAACUACCUCCUCACUUCUCCUUGCCUAACGGCCAACCGAUCAUAUCAAUGUCAUCCGACCAAGAAAAAUCAAGCUUUCACCCCAAGAUACCAGCAACCAACAAGAAGCACAUCAUAACGCGUAUCAUCGAAAACGACGGCGUACCGCGGAUGGCUGCGUGGGGUGGAGCCUUCGCUUUCGCUUGUUCACUCGUAUUAGCUUCUACAUUCAAGAGGAGCAAGAAGAUCAUAUCCCCGAAAAGGCCGAGUCAAGACGGUGAUUCGGAUCUUGAUGUCGGUGAUGACGAUAAAGCUCGACGAAUGGAAGGACUGCAACUUCUUCUUCAGUCUUCAUCAACUGAUAUCAUCAAUCGUUCAUGCCACACAACGUCGAAUAUGUCAGUGAAAUAUACUUCAAUAGAAGACUCGAAAGAAGAAAAUCGACCUCUAAUGACGGAACACAUCUUAGAAAAGAAAAAGGAAGAAAAUAUUGUAGUUGUUAUUUAUGAAGAAGGAGAGUACCCAAAUUCAGAAGAAUUUAUAGAAAACGAAAUCCAAAAAUAUGAAGAAAGCUCAAAAGUUACAAAAAGUUUUCCAUCUGCAGAAUUUGAUGAUACUUGGCUCGAAGAGUGGACGUAUAGACCAUCAACAUCAUCUUCUUCGUCUUCGUCCUCGUCAUCGUCAGAGGAAACUUCAUUUAGUAUUGGAGUUUUUUCACAAGAGAUCGAUGGAGAUGACAAAAGUAUGGAUAUCGUUAUAUAUAUUGAUGACGACAAUGAGAAUGGUGAAGACGAACAAUUUCAGAGGGUUUGAUAUAUUGAAGAAUCUUGAUUCAAAUUUGUGUUCAUAUGUAAAAGAUACUAUUUUGAUCUCGUUUUUAUAUUGGUUUGUUUUAGUUCAUUUUAGUUUUUAUAUUUUGAAAAUAUUCAAAUUUAAAUAAUUUAGUCCCUAUAAUAUUUUCAAUGAAUCUUAAUAACCGUGAUCCUACCAGUAGGAAAAGAUUGAUGAAAUAAAUACCAAAAGUUUACUUUUAUUUUUGGUACAACAAUGGAUACA